CACAACCCCCCACCACACCUCUCCUUUCCCUCCAACAUCAACCCUAAUCUCCCAUCUUCAUUCACGAGAUCCUGCUCAUUCUAGCAACUCAGUGAUUUCCUAGAGCAUCUCACUCCCUUCUCUUUCCCUUUCUUCCCCUUGACUUCUUCAGCAGCAUAUCGCAGCCAAACAAACAUGUCCGACAUCGAAGAGAACGACCAAUCUGCGCGUCCCGCGGGCGAAGAUACCCCCGUCGACUCUCCCGUCCCCGACAAUGACAAUGACGUUGACGAUGUGGACGACAUGUCGGACCGGGACUCAGACCAGCUGUCCGAGGUGGAUGUGGACGACCUCGAGGACUACGACCCGCUGAAGGCCAAGAUCGAGACACGUCCCGUCGAGAUCGAUGAGGACGUCGCCAAGAGCCUCAAGGCUACCAAGCGCAAGCGCGCCGAUGGCGGUGCCGCGAAGAAGCCCAAGGAGGGUCGCCGACAAAAGAAGCGCCGCGCCGAGGACGACGAGGACGAGGUCAGCGCCGCGGAUGGGACCAUCAUUGAGGGCAAGAGACGGCGCCUGGGCGGCGAAGGCGGUGCUGGCGGCAGCAGCGAGAAGAGGAAGAAGCAGGCGAGGUCGUCUGCCAAGGCGACUCCCGAGCCCGAGAACGAGGACGACCUGACUCCUGAGCAGAGAAGGGCGAGGGCUAUCGAGAGGGCGAUGGAUGCGGCUCUGAAGACGAAGCCCAACAAGCGGCGCAGCAAGAAGGACGAUAUUGACCUGGAAGAUGCGCUCGACGAACAAAUCGCCGACGUCAAAGUCAAGAUGGAAAUCGCCUGCGAGAACGACAACGAUGCUGUCAGUAAUCACCAGCCCGCGGUGCAGAAGCUCAAGCUCCUGCCUGAGGUCAUGGCUCUCCUCAACCGCCAGAGCAUCCAGCACGCCAUCCUCGACCCGGAGACCAACUUUCUGCAGGCCGUCAAAUACUUCCUGGAGCCCCUGCAGGCCGACGGCAGCCUGCCGGCGUACAACAUCCAGCGCGAGAUUUUCUCGGCUCUCAUCCGCCUGUCAGUCCAGAAGGAGACCCUUUUAUCGAGCGGAAUUGGCAAGGUGGUCCUCUUCUACACCAAGACGAAGCGCGCGCAGCCCGAGAUCAAGCGCAUGGCGGACCGCCUUAUGGGCGAGUGGAGUAGGCCCAUCCUGAAGAGGACAGAUGACUACAAGAAGAGGAUGAUCGACACACGCGUGCUCUCCUCCUCUCAGUCAUCCCUGGCCCAUCGGCCCUCCUCUCAGCCACGCGGUGCCGUGUCCUCCGUCUCCGCCAAGCUCGCUGAACAACGCGCCAAGGCCCUGCUGCCGCUGGUCACGAACCCGAACCGUGCACGGCCCAUCUCCAGUCGGACCUCCUACACUGUCGCUCCUGUGAGCAAUAUGAGCAGCGGUGGCAGCGGCGGGCAGGAUCACCGGCCUGUGGGUGCGGCGGGUAUCGAGGCGUUCAGAAAGAUGACACAGAAUCGGAAGAAA